CGUCGCUGUGACGUGAUGUCACUGUGCUUCAAACCCGGGAAAAAUAAAUCAGAACAGGACUGUCAGUACCAGAACAAGCACUGCCAGGACCGGAGCCAGAACUAGAACCAGGACUAGAACCAGGAUUAGAUCGGUUUAAAUCCCUCUGUCAUGGUUCAGGAGUUUCACGUCGUGAGAUGUUUCUCAUGCGAGAGUUUCCAGGUUCAACAGGUGAAGAAGGUGAACAGAUGGAGCUGUAAAGUUUGUGGAGAGAGACAGUCGCUGCUCAAGGAGUUUGGGCGUGGCUCUGGGGCCGACUGCAGACGUCAUGUCCAGAAACUGAACGCCACAAGAGGAGCCAUGAUGGAGGAGGAGGAGCACAAUGCCUUGUCGCUAUGGGAGCAGGUGGAGGCAGAUGGAGAGGAAACACCUGAGGAGGGGAGAGACGACCAGGCGCAACAGACUCAGGUAAGUCGCUGGAGCAAAUACCUGGACACACCUGAGGAGGCGGGGCUAGAGGAGGAGCCAGAGGAGGAGAAUGUUUUGAUGGACAGACAGACUCUCCAUGGCAACAGCAUGACAGACAGGAAGAGGAAGAGAGCAGACUCACCUGAGCAGCUGAACUGCUCCAGUCUGAGGAAACGGGUUAGACCCUCAACCACAACCAGAACCACCAGUCCGACCCAGUCCAGUCCGACCCAGUCCAGUCCUCCCUGUGAAAUGAGAAUUAGCCCUCCCAGCCUGAGUACUGGUGCAGUUUCCAGGUGGACCCGUUUCCUCAGUUCUGACUGUCAGGUGCAGGAAGGGGAGGAGCUGUCUGUCAGUGGGUGGAGUCAGUCAGCAGGUGGAGCUGUGAGGCCCCGCCCCCUGUUUCCUGUCUCCUCCCUGUUCGAGAUCGAAGACGAGUUCAACUUUGAUGACGAGGAGUUCCUGACGGAUCAGAGGGUCUGAACCAGACCAAGGUGAACCGGGUCCUUCAGUUCAGGUUCAGAACCACAGAGACCUGAACUGGACUCUGACUCGGUUCCCACAGAACAGCAGAACAUUGCGUUGCGAUCUAGUUUGAACCCAUCGACUCUUUCUGAUCAGAUUUGUCCGUUAACCGUUCGGUUCUGUCAUUGAUCUUCAGGUUCAAUAACUGAAAAAAUGUUUAUUAUACAAGUUGUAUUGAUUACUGAUUGAUUUAAAGACUUCAGAUGUGUGAACUGUGACUCAGUGCAGCUGCUGGUGUACUGAUCAGAAACUGAUUGAUUAACUGUUAAAGUAUCUCUUGUUCAGAGAUCUGAUCUCAAACUGAUUGAUAAAAUACUAUUUAUGUGUUAUUUUCUCAAUUAACUAUUGGUCUCCCAUAACUGAUACUUUAUUUCGUUCAAUCAAUAAUUAAAAAUCCAAAAGUUGCAGUUUGUUCCUGUCACAAAAAACUA